UAUAUAUAUAUAUAUAUGUGUGUGUGUAUAGUAUAUAUAUUAUAGUAUUGCUUUGCAUAUAAUAUACCUAAAUGAUUACACACCUACACCGCUACACGGUACACUAUUUGUCCGUGAGUGUAUGAUGAAUGAUAAUACCAGUUUAGUUUACAGUCAACUAUAAUGAUGCGGUCUGAUGAUACUCUAAUGCGGGUGGCAGGUAAGCUCAGAUGAAAACGUCAAUCACAUGCAGACAUAAAACAGGCACAAAAUACUUUGUACCUAUUACUUUAAUUGUUCAAGAUUAAUAGAGUAAAAAUGGCUGCUACUAGACACACUUUGCAGCGCGAAAUUUUCACGCUAAGCGAUGAAAAAAUUCUGAGCAUCUGUCGAGUUAGUAAGGCAUACAAAAAAAAGAAGACUAGUUUUCUUUGUCUUGUUUCAACAACUGAUACUCCUGAAACAUUCAUUAUUUAUCAAGUAAAAAGUGGCAAUGAAAAAAGUAACUUUAAGAAAAAACAGUCUUGGCUUUUAUCCGAUGUUCGUACAAUCGAUGGAGUUGAUGCAGAUUCAAUGGAUCUUGAAUUGCACAUUGAUAAAAUUUAUAAAUGGUCAACCACUAAUCUUCAAGAAAAACGCAAUUUCGUAAGUAAUCUUUAUACAUUCUCAUUUGGAUUGCCCCAAAGACCAGAAUUCAAGAAUAUACCACAAGAAUGGAUGGCAAAUGAUCUAUCAUCUACCAUUUCUUCCAGUGAUAAGACAACUGCAUCCACAGACUUUUUGCAAUCUCCUUUAAUAAUGCCAGAAUACCAGCCAAUAACAGAUAAAGAAACCAUGGAUUUGGCAUCUCUGAUGGAUAACUGUUAUUAUGCAGUUUCAAAUGCUGAAUUAUUUAUGGAAACGCUCUCCAAAGAUUUAUCCAUACUUGAUGGCGAAAAUAUACAAUCUGUCUUGGCAUCCGAGCCGCAAGUAACACAAUUAAUGAGUGGGAUUGAGGUUGCAAUUCAUGAAGCAUCUCAAGUUGAAGCACAAUUAACUGUUUAUGAUGAAGCACUGGGUCGCAUCAGAGAAGCAAUGGAGCGUGUAGGACAAAAAAAUAAUGCAAUCCACAUUGCAAAUCGAAAUGCUAGGCUCUUAUUAGAACAAUUGGAGGUAGUGAUUACACACCUAACUAUUUCUCCGGAACAUCAAAAGAUAUUGAAUGAGGCAGAACUUCCAGGACAUAAAGAUGAGCUGGCAGUUGCUGGCAAUGAUUUAUUAAAAGCUAUUUCUUUUCCCUUACCAUUGGGUUUGGAUAAGUUGAGUGCAGUUGCUGAACAAAAAAAGAAGUUGGACAAACUUAGAGCCAAGUUUUCACUAUUGGUUGCUCGACAUCUUAACAAUUUAUUUAUUCAUCUGGGAAAUGAUGUUGGAGAAACAGUUGGUAUUUCAAAUACAUCAUCACAGCAAUCAAAUUUAACAUCCACAUCAUCUGGAAAUGUUACAAAUGAUUUCAAGUUGUCAACUCAUCAAGCCAUUCAAAAAGAAUUGGAACCUUACACUGAACUAAUGAGACUUUUAAGAGCCUUAGAUCAAAAAGCUUUCACACAACUUACUAAAGUUUAUACUAAGACGAUGGGAUCAUUGUAUCAACGAAAUUUCAAGUUUUUCUUUGAAGAAGCAAAAGAUCGUCUUAUUUCCAAACGCCUUCAGCACCAUCAACAUUCACAUUCAACUAGCAAAUCGAGUAGCAGUUCAAUGCCAAAAGGAGACAUUGAAACAAUCAUUGCAUCAAUAUCUCCUCCUAUUUGUCUUUUAAGUAAUGAAACGUGGACACCACAAGGAGAAGGAAUCCUUUUAGAUUCAGUACUGGAUAAUGUUUUAUCUCAACUUCAACCCGUUUGUCUUGCUGAGCAAGCAUUUUGUAUUACAUUUCUGAAUUUGGAUUCGUUUGUUUCUCCACUUACAAAACAGACAAAUCAAGUAAAGGAUGAAUCUGGAAGUUGUAGCAGUAAUAGUGGCGGAGACGAUUUACACAAUAAUCCUGCUGUUAGUCCUGGAUCAGCUAACUUAAAUGAUUUAUCUAAAUUAGGGCGUCACGUAAAUGAACAAGUUAGGGCAACAAUGGCUGCAAUCUUCCCAUCUUUAGAAACGGAACUGACCAACUUUUUAUCUUUUCUGGAAAAAAUAGAUAGCUUUUGGUGUAUGUACAUAUUGGUGCGCUUGUCUCAGCAUGUUAUGUCCGCUCAAGAUACGGGAUCUUUUCUCUCAAUGACUUUUGCUUCUGCGCUAGUACAAGCGAAAAGAGCGUUUGAUAAAUUUAUGCAAAUGCAACAACAGUCGAUCCUCGACGCUAAAGUGAAUCGGAGAAAUAAAUGUGGAAUUCUUCCAUAUGUAGAAAAUUUCGGGCCGUUCGCCAAGACGGCUGAAAAUAUUUUCAAAAAUUCUGAUAGAAAGAUAGAUUUAGAAAAAUGGUACACAAAGCUCAUCAGUACCAUGUUUGAAGCGAUUGUAUCUCACAGUACAGAACAUCACAAGACACCACCAGAAGUUAUAAAAAUGGAAAACUUUCAUCAUUUGUACGAUCUUUUAUCUCAAUUAAAAAUCUCAGUGUUGGAUCACGAGAGAAAAGAAGCAAAACAAAAAUAUCAAGAAGCAUUGAAAGCCUAUGUAACUCGAUAUUUUGGUCGACCUUUGGAAAAAUUGAACUUCUUUUUUGAUGGUGUACAAGCAAAAGUUGGAGCUGGUGUCAAAGAAUCAGAAAUUAGUUAUCAAAUGGCUUAUAGUCGACAAGAGCUUAGAAGGGUUGUAAAAGAAUACCCAGCGCGAGAAGUUAAAAAAGGUCUUGAACAUUUAUAUCGUAAAGUUGAAAAACAUUUGUGUGAAGAAGAGAAUCUCUUACAAGUUGUUUGGCGAGAAAUGCAAGGCGAAUUCAUUGCUCAAUAUAUGAAUAUUGAAGAACUCAUUAAACGAUGCUACCCUGAUAGUAACAUAACUUUGGAGUUUACUAUUCAAAACAUAUUGGAAUUUUUUUCGGAAAUUGCUCAGUCUCAUUAAGGUGGGCAUAUCUGAUAUUUAUAGACUCUACAGUAGUUAACAUUUGAAAAAAGGGAUUGAAAAAAUGCUAAAACAAUUAUACAACGUUUAGCAAACUUUCUACGAUAAUUUUAAAAAAUUUUUAAAAUGUGCGACAUAGGUUAAAUAGCCAACUAUACUGAUGUCACCAAUGAAUACGAAUUUGUUUACGGCGCUCACCAUUUAAGAUUUUAUAUUAAUUGUUGUUUACCUAUAUGUCUUUAUAAUAACGCCUCGAAACUUAAAAUAAAAUGAAGGAGGCUAUCCUGUUACGAUUAUUUCAUAGUUAUAAAAAUUAAUAAAUUCAAGUAUUUUUUAUAAUAAAGCAACAACGAAUUACUAAAAGAUUAUGUUUAAUAAUAAAAAUAUAAGAUAAUAUAUAAUUACAUGACAACUUAAAUUUCUUGAAUUUAUGUGAGCUAAAAUCAUAAUUAUCCAAU